UCCAACGGUUCAGAUCACCUCCCGACACUGAUCUUCCAAGUUCCAACCUUCAACACGGUCGUCCUUGGCAUUCGAUUUUAUAGAGUAUUACAUUACACCAAACCGCGUCAAUAUAUAUAUAUUAAAUAUAUACACACAAUUUUCCACUUCUCAUUUUUCUGUCACACGCAUUUUUUCAGAUUUUUGAAUUUUGAUUCUCUCUCACACACACUGACACACAUUUCACAUUCGACAUUUCUCUCUUCCCAAAUUCAUUCCUUCGGUUGAGGAAUUUUAGGGCUGGGCAAUGCUGCAUUGGAGUAGAUGCUUUGCUGGAUGAUUUUGAUGUGGAAUGUAUUUUCUGUUGCUUUGGAUUUUAGGGUUUGAAGCAUCCUGUAUUGAGGUUGUUCUUAGGCUGAUGAAAAGCAAUUCGAACUAGCUUCAGAUUGGAAUUUGGAGUUAAAUUUUGUUGAUAGUGAGCAAUGAGCUGAUUUCUUGGAAGCGAAUGUUGAAUCAAACAUGCCUAGCAUUACAGCUCCGGUGAUCAAGAAAGCCACAACCCUCACCGUUGCUGUAAAAUGUAGGCCAUUAACAGAAAGUGAACGUGGUCGCGACAUAGUUCGAGUAAACAAUGACAAGGAGGUUAUUGUUUUGGAUCCUGACCUGUCAAAGGACUACCUUGAUCGCAUACAAAAUCGAACAAAAGAACGAAGAUAUUCCUUUGAUUAUGCAUUUGGUCCUGAUUUUACUAAUUUGGAUGUUUACGAGAGAAGUGUAUCUUCAAUAAUUGCUGGUGUUGCUCAAGGUCUCAAUGCAACUGUAUUUGCAUAUGGCUCAACUGGAAGUGGUAAAACAUAUACAAUGGUUGGGACUAAAGAUGAUCCUGGACUUAUGGUUCUCAGCUUGCAUAUGAUUUUUGAUCUUAUCAAAAAGGACAAAUGCUCUAAUGAGUUUGAAGUUACUUGUUCGUACCUUGAAGUCUACAAUGAAGUUAUUUAUGAUUUGCUUGAAAAAUCGUCUGGUCAUUUGGACCUUAGAGAGGAUCCAGAGAAAGGAAUAAUUGUUGCUGGGCUUAAAUGCAUUAAGGUUCGCUCAGCUGAUAAGAUUCUUGAACUUUUAAAUUUGGGGAACAGCAGACGAAAAACAGAAAGCACAGAAGUUAAUGAAACAUCCUCACGUUCUCAUGCGGUUUUGGAGAUCACUGUGACAAGAAAACAGAGAAGUAAAUACCGGAAUCAAAUUACCAAAGGAAAACUUGCACUUGUAGAUCUUGCUGGCAGUGAACGAGCUUCUGAAACAAAUAGUGGAGGCCAAAAGCUAAGAGAUGGUGCCAAUAUUAAUCGUUCACUUCUUGCAUUGGCAAACUGCAUAAAUGCUCUGGGAAAACAGCAGAAGAAGGGUCUAGCUUAUGUCCCUUACCGCAAUAGCAAAUUGACACGAAUUCUUAAAGAUGGUCUGAGUGGUAAUUCUCAAACAGUUAUGAUUGCUACAAUAUCACCUGCGGAUAAUCAGUAUCACCACACUGUUAAUACCUUGAAAUAUGCUGACCGUGCAAAGGAAAUCAAGACACACAUCCAGAAAAAUAUUGGCACAAUCGAUAUCCAUGUAUCCGACUACCAACGUAUGAUUGACAGUCUUCAGGUAGAGGUUUUCCAGUUGAAAAAAGAAUUAGCUGAAAAGGAAUCACAAUUAAGUGCCAAGCCUGCUGAAAAUGCAGUGGAUAAUGAACUAUCUGGUUUGAAUGUAUUGAGCCAAGAAACCAGUGAAAAUGUUCAGGAACGGAUAAACUUACAGAAGGCUUUAUUUGAGCUUGAGGAAACUAACACUCGUAAUCGCACUGAACUCCAACAACUUGAUGAUGCUAUUGCAAAACAACAGGCUAUUGAGAAAGAUGGGGCAGCUGUACAGGCUUUAAGAGCGAGGCGGCAAGUGAUUCUUGAUAACAUUCGUGACAAUGAUGAGGCUGGUGUGCAGUACCGAAAGGACAUUGAAGCAAAUGAGAAGCACCGUUGUCAACUGCAAAAUAUGAUUGAGGAAGCCAUUAGUAACAACGGCAACAAAACCUACUUGCGCAUUCUCAGUCAAUACAGGCUUCUGGGAAUGGCUAAUGCUGAGCUUCAGUUAGAAAUGGCAAUGAGAGAUCAAAUAAUUCAUAACCAACGUGAAGCACAGAAAAAGCUCUGGAAUUUGCUGAUGGAGUUAGGAGUUGACAAGAAAAGGAUAAUGGAAUUUGCUUCUCAGCAAGGAAUUGCGGUAGAAGACUGGGUGAUGACACCUCAACUGGAAGCGUCAUACAGGAGGCAGUUACCAAAUCUGGAACACAGUAAAUGUACUCCCUUAUUCUGUAGCCCUAGCAAUGGUCAGUCCUAUGCUAGAUCAUCUUGCAUAAUCCAACAAAACCAAGACCUUGGUACCAGAUCAUUUUCAGAAGGACAUUGGAACUUAGGUCAUACAUUUUCCAGGGAGGAGCACCACAGUUCGUUCUACUUGAUGUCUCAUGAUCACUCCCCAUCAGCAUUAUUAUUCAAGCUCAGUACCGAGCAUUGGGUUGGUGACAGGCCAAGCCCAUGGUCUGAAAGUCCUGAUAUACAUCGUCACUUUUUGCGCAAGUCAUGUCCACAGUUAAGAACACAGUCUUCUUCAUUUACUGAGGGCUGCAUAUCAACUUCAUCCUACAGUGCUGACUUUGGCCAGCAUCAGAAGGAUGCAUGGAAUGCUCAUGAGCCAACAUCCGCAUGAGAGUCAUCAUAUUGGAAUGAGUGGCUGCGAAGACUCUUGCACGGGAACAAUGAUGCAUCAUGGUGGGUCAAGGUUAGAGCAUUCUAAGCUUUAACCGUGUUUGCUCAGCAGCAUAGCCUUUAACUGUCCAAAAUAAGUCCCAAGUGCUCCCUUCAGGAUCGAUUUCUUUUGAUUCCCCUAGCAUUAAUUCUCACCCCUCUAAUUUUGUAUAGGCUUCUUCAGCUUUUGUAUUCUUUCUUCUGUCUACGUUAGUAGAUUUCCCGCCAAAUGUACAUAGGUUUAGUGUUAGUGCCCUCAUAUUAGAAAAUUCAUUUUCAAUAUUCUAUUCAUUCUGGUUUGGAAGAGGAAUGGAGGGGUGGGUGAUCCUAUAGAGAAGUAGUUGGUUACAUGAUCUAUGCACCAACUUUCGGAAUGUAGUUGUUGUAAAAGUUGUUAAUACCGUUUUGUACAUCUUUGUUGUGAAUGUUAGUGGCAAUCCAGGAGUUGUAUUAGAAAUGUAUUAGCUUCUCAUUCACUUUUGUCACCA